AUGGAUAAAGUCAAAACACAUCUCAAAAAAAUCUAUAAUUCGAAGAAAAAACGGGAAUUGUGGUUGAAGAAUCGGAAAAGAAUUCGUGAGCAAAUUCACAAUCAACAGGUUAAUUCCAGAAUAUGCGAACAUCCAAUUGAUGAUCAAGAUGCAACAGAAGAAUUCAGAUCAGAACAAAAUGAAUCCAUUGUGGUUAAUGAGUCCAUGGAUUCAAUCAUCAAUUAUUCUGACGAAGAUGAGCUUGUCGAAUCACCAGCCACUCUCAAUAUCAGAGAAAAAAUUCUAUUAUUGUUCUUGAAUCAACUUAAGCACAAUUCAACUAAUCAAAGUGUAGUCGAUUCAGCUAUCGUAACUAAUUUUUGUGUUGGUAAUCCGAUAUUUCCAUUGAGUUAUGCCACACUUCGCGAUAAAGCUAGAAUUUACGAUCCAAUCCUAUCGAAAUAUUAUUACUGUGGUUGUGGCAUUAUUGGUCCAGUUGAUGAAAAAUCAAGUUUAUUAGUUUGCAAAAAGAAAUGCAAACAAGUUAUCGAUUGUAACACAGGCCGUUAUUUUUGCUAUAUUUCAUUAAAGAGUUUACUCGAGUAUUUUAUUCCACAAAUACAUCAAUUUCUACGAUUCAAUCAUUCAGAAUCAUCAUACGAUUCGAAUCAACAAUACCACGACAUAACAGAUGGAUCAGUUUAUCGCAGUAUGGCAGAUCCAAAUUGUUUAAUCAUCUAUUUUGGUUUCGAUGGCGUAUCCUUCACUGAAAAAGGUAAUAAAUCGAUAUGGCCAUUAAUGAUAUACAUUUGUGAAUUGCCAUUUAAUAUGAGAACACAAUUGGCAUUUCCGUUGGCGAUUCAUUCAUGUGUUAGCCCCCCAACUUGUUGGAUGAUCCAACCAUUAAUUGAUGAACUAAUUCAAAUCGAAAAUAAUCCAUUGGAAGUAUCUAUUCUCGAUGGCGAUCGCUGGAUUGAUAAAAAAUUCACAGUCAAACUUCUUUGUGGGAUAUGUGAUGCGCCAGCUAGGGCCAAAGUUUUAAAUACUGUCCAACACAAUGGCUAUUUUGGAUGUUCUCGU